GUCCAAGAGAAGACUCAGAGCCGAGACGAACGUUCGCCGCAGUCACUGUGGGCGUUGACGACGUGGAGGAUGGAGGCAUGAUGGUGGUUGUAUGCAGUCUGAAUCGUGAUCGGCGGCUAUGGGCGUUGAGCAACCACAGCCAUGUACACCUUCCACAUCCUGGACACGUACCAUCAUCUGCUCCUACCUGCUGAAUGCCCAACUAUAAAGUCUAGAGCCACAUAUUCCUUAACGACCAAAUACCUACACUUGGCGACGGCCUUGACUAAAGCAAACUCUCAUUAUUACCAUGAGCUUCUUCAGUAGAUCGAGUAAUCAACCUCCCACACAAACGACACCACAAGGCUCAUAUUCUCGUCUUCCACCACAGCCUGGUGCAUAUCCAAACCAGCAGCAGCGUGUGCCCGUACCACGCUACACAGAUUCUCCUUCAUACGAGAAGCCGGGUUACAACCGUAGUGCAGUUCCAGCGAGAGCAAGGGGAGCAUAUGCGGUCGUCUCUUCUCCGAGCGAUGCCCUAGCUUUGAGUAACUGUUUGAUUGUACAUCCGUCCGACUUUGCUGCGGGACAACAUGUCUUCGUGAAGCAACAGUAUCCGCUGACUACUCGUCAUGAUGAUACUGGAAAGCUCGCCCCAGGGUCUGUCGGUCCAUCCGCAUUGCACAGACAAUGGAUCGGUUUGUCCGUUACUGGAGACGAAGUAACAGUAGAGCCAAUACCCUUCAAACCAUCAUACCUCCAAUCCGUCGACAUUGAGGUCGGCUUCAUGCGUCGUGGACAUGAAAUUGCUGAGCAGUUCUCAUCAGACGAGAUGGCGAAGAACUUCAUAAGGGCAUUCGGUGCUCAAAUCUUCAGCGCCGGACAAAUCUUGGCGUUUGAAUUUCAUGGGCAGAACCUCAAGGGAACCAUAAAGGCCCUUAGUGUUGUUGAACUUACGGAUGCUCAGCACCGAGGUGGAUCCCCACCUGAAUCGUCCAAAAUGGGUAUCCUUAUGGAGGGGACCGAUGUCAACUUCUUGAAAGCCCCGGACAGUGCGAUCAAGAUCAAGUCGAGCGCGAAGAAAGCCCCGUCGAACGCUAUCCUGGCACCCAACUUUAAGUUCGAGGACAUGGGUAUCGGAGGCUUAGACUCCGAGUUCGCCACGAUCUUCCGUCGUGCAUUCGCAUCUCGAGUUUUCCCUCCGGCUCUAGUUGACAAACUUGGCAUCCAACAUGUAAAGGGUAUCCUACUACAUGGACCACCGGGUACUGGAAAGACCCUCAUGGCCAGACAGAUUGGGACAAUGCUCAAUGCACGAGAACCGAAAAUCGUGAACGGUCCUGAAAUUCUGAACAAGUACGUCGGUGCAUCUGAAGAGAAUAUUCGUAAACUCUUCGCGGACGCCGAGAAGGAGUAUAAAUCUAAGGGCGAUGAGAGUGGUCUUCACAUCAUUAUCUUCGAUGAGUUGGAUGCCAUUUGCAAACAACGUGGUUCCACGCAAGGUGGAACUGGUGUUGGUGACAGUAUUGUCAACCAGCUGCUGUCCAAGAUGGACGGCGUGGACCAACUCAACAACAUUCUCAUCAUUGGUAUGACCAACCGACUUGACAUGAUUGAUGAGGCCCUUCUACGUCCUGGUCGUCUUGAAGUGCACAUGGAAAUUUCGCUACCAGAUGAGCAAGGUCGUUAUCAGAUUCUCAAUAUUCAUACCGCGAAGAUGCGCGCAAACCGAGUCAUGGACGAUGACGUCGACUUGGUUGAGCUCGCACAAGUAACGAAGAACUUCUCUGGUGCCGAGAUUGGUGGUUUGGUCAAGAGCGCGACGAGUUUCGCGUUCAGUCGACAUGUCAAGGUUGGUACCAUGGCUGGUAUUUCCGACGAUAUCGAGAACCUACGAGUCAACCGAACCGACUUCAUGAGUGCCCUGGAAGAGGUUACACCUGCGUUUGGUGUUGCUAAGGAGGAGCUGGAACAGGUCGUAGAGAACGGUAUCAUCCAUUACUCUCGUAUCAUCGAUGAUGUACUACGCUCUGGUGAACUUUUCGUUGACCAAGUCCGCACUUCAACGCGUACACCUCUCGUCAGUCUGUUGCUUCACGGUCCUCCGGGCUCUGGAAAGACAGCUCUGGCAGCCACCAUCGCACAAGCGUCACAGUACCCAUUCAUGAAACUCUUGUCGCCUGACAGCAUGGUUGGGUACUCUGAGGGUCAAAAGGUUGCUACCAUCAGCAAGAUCUUUGCGGACAGCUAUAAGAGCCCGCUCAGUGUUAUUGUUGUUGAUAACCUGGAACGAUUACUUGAUUUUACGCCCAUUGGGCCGAGGUUCUCCAAUGCUGUCCUGCAGACUCUAAUGGUUUUGUUGGCUCGCCGACCGCCCAAGGUACGCCCACAACUAGGAUUGAGAUAUCAAUUCAGCUCUGCUGACCAUGAUUCUGUUCUAGGGUCGUCGUCUCUUGAUCAUCGCUAGCACGUCUGUGCGUCCAAUCCUCACCGACCUCGGUCUUUCCGAGUGUUUCGACUCCGAACUUCGGGUGCCUCCGAUAUCAAGCUUGCGCUCAUUGCAAUAUGUCCUUGACGAGGUACAACUCUUCUCUACAAGAGGAGAACGUGACCAGGCCAUCAAGAUGUUGGAGCAGGCAGGCUUUGGGGAAGAGGACGAGCACACGUCGAGAUUGAACAUUGGUAUCAAGAAGUUGUUGAGUGUGGUCGAAAUGGCCAGACAAGAGCCUGAGGCUGUUGCUGAGCGACUCACUAAUUCUCUGAUGGGCUUGGGUAUGUAGAAUGGACAUUAUGUAGACAUCGAGGAAUUUGGAUACAACUAGAUGUAAUACCAGCUAUUUCAUGGCCAAUUCCAAGCCAAUUCCCAUUCAAAUUUGACUGUC